AUGUGCGAUACUGAUAGGUUGUGUCAGCCUGAACCAGGGAGUACGACAACGCAAGAGAGCACUGACGACGACGAUCAUGGAUAUCAUACCCCAAAAAAUAUUUUCAACGCUGAAGUGUCACGGAUAUCUCAAAUGCAUCUCUCUUACAUAGAACAACAGAACAGUCCCCAAUCAGAUGCUGAUGGGGAGGAAGAGAAUCCAUAUUCAACUAUCAAAAAAUGUCCACUUAGAACGUCUUUAUCGAAAAAUCUAGAAUCUCUCAUACAGAAAAAUGCGUUAGCUGCCGAACAGAAUCCGCAGAAAUCACGGUCGGUUUUUUAUAAGGACCUCAGCAUGGACAACAUGCUACGGGAGUUAGAACAUACAACUCUGACGAAAAAAUUGCAGCUGUUGGAUAGGCUAAAAGAAUUUGAUCAUGUUGACAUAGCAUUAUUUAUUUCGUUUGUGUUGUUGAUAAUAUUUGGGUUUUUUGGUUUCUUUAUUCUACUCAAUGAAUUUUGA